UGUUAUAUAAAUAUGUAAGUAUACAUGUAGUAUGUAGUAUGGCAGAUAAAUAAUGUGACAUUUCAAAGUCUAUCCGCAAGAUGGCGCCAAGGUAUGAAGUUGAGGAAGACUUAGUGAAGCUGUAAAAUAAAGGAAAGGAAAGGCCUUUGGUUCUUUGGUAAUAAAUCUCCCAUUUGCCAUCAUUUCAAAUGAUAUAAAUUGUAAAUUUGAAAGGACCAAGUGUUUAAUCACAAGACAGCACACAGUGUGUUAGGAUUUGCAUUGUGAGUCACUGACAGUGAGAGAGGAUGAGGGAGGGAUGUGCACAUCCACCUGUUUAAUUCAGCCCCAUCCUGAGCCAAAGGUGUGAGGAAGAGGAGCAGAGAAGUCUGGACUCUCUCUCUCUCUCUCUCUCUCUCUCUCUGUCUCUCUCUCUCUCUCUGUCCUCGCGCUCAGUGUGUUCACGCAGCCAGGAUCCCCGCACGAAGCUUUGCUCCUCGCUCUUCAUUGCGUUCCUCGGGAGACUGCAGUCAUGGAAUUGUACUUGAGCUCCUUUUGACAUCAGAAAGUCUAUAAUAAAAACCCCAGCAGUGAUUGGAGGAGACGCGUCGCCGCUCUGGAUGAAGAUGUUGCAGUCGUGGCACGCGCUCGAAGCGUAAAGCGCUUUCUGCCCCACAUUUCUUCUCCUUUUCCGCCGCCGUGUUUGGAAAUUCAAACAGCAAUCAGUAAUGUUCACGUUCGCUGCCUUCUGUUACAUGCUUUCCCUCGUCCUCUGUGCUUCCCUCAUCUUCUUCGCCAUCUGGCAUAUAACAGCCUUUGAUGAGCUGCAUGCGGACUUCAAAGUCCCAAUUGAUCAGGGCAAUCCAUUCCAUGCACGUGAAAGACUUCGGAAUAUUGAGCGAAUAUGCUGUCUGCUCCGAAAGCUGGUGCUUCCUGAGUAUUCAAUCCACGGUCUCUUCUGUAUCAUGUUCAUGUGUGCCCAAGAGUGGCUAACUGUGGGCCUCAACAUCCCUCUGCUUUUCUACAACACAUGGAGGUACUUCCACAGCCCCACAGACACCAAGGAGCUGCUUUAUGACCCAGCAAGUGUCAUGAAUGAUGAAACGCUUAAGUUCUGUCAGAAAGAGGCUUGGUGCAAGAUGUCCUUCUUCGUGCUUUCCUUCUUCUAUUAUCUCUACUGUAUGAUCUACAAUUUGGUGACCUCAUAACAGUUCUUGGCACAGAGGAAAAUAUUGGGAUAUCAGAGACUGUUUUCUCAAACUUGUAGCAUUAAACUAAUCACUGGAUCUUAAAAGAGAACCUUUAAACACAUAUUUGUUUGGCACCUGAAGAAAUACGGCUUUGGCUGUACCUAUGAAACCAUCAAAUUCUGGAAAGCCUACAGGCUGCACAAUGUGAGGCACUUGGCAUAAUACAUUUAGCACAUGUAAUUAACACUGCACAGACCGCCUCAGAUAUAUCACAUGUCCUUCAACAUAUCCAGGCUAGAAAUGAGAUCCAUGCAGGUGUUAUGGGAAAUUAUGGCAGGCUUAAGCGAGUGGUGGAUUUUUACCAGGCCAGUGUGUUUGUACGAUGUAAAGACAAAAAACAGUUUUAAUAUGAAUCACAUGUUUCGUCUUUUGUGUAUAUUGCAGAAUCUGUAUAAUGCUCUGUUUUUUGCUGUUGUUAGUUGUUUUAGAAGGAUAAAUGUGAAAUGAUCUAUAUUUACAUAUGAUAGAGAAUACAUUAUGAAUACAUUAUUAUUUAUACAAUAUUAUUUAUAUACAGAGAAUACAGAAUUACACUCAAGUCUUCCUGUAUUUAAUAUGUGUCAAGCUAUUAGUCAAUUUAGGCAAUAUGACAUUUUCGCCAAAACACCUUAUUCUCACAUGCUCGAUAUUUGUUGAGAGGGAGAGUGUGAUCACCAGUUUUUUUUUUCAGUGCCAGAAAAUGUUUUACACAUAAUCCCAUGGCAAAGAAAAGGUGCUGAACACUUCCAAAUUUUUAAACAUGUUUAACUUUUCAGAAAAGCGUUGAAGUCUUUAUUAUCACCCAGCUAAUCAAGUCCCAGCUCAGGGAGCAAGAGAAAAGAAUGGACAUGUAGGAAAGAGUGCCAGGAGAAAAAAAUGUGUCUUUAAUGUUGCAGUGUCACUAGCAAUAAGACAUUUGUUAGUUUUGGGACACUGGUAUCCGAUGUCAUGGUCCCACUUUAACUGCAACUAUAUACAGUAGCCUAAAUGUCUCUUCUUCCAUAGUUAGACAAACAGUUGAGAAAUAAAGCUAAUCUUUAUUAAUAAUAAUAUUAAAAAGCCUAAUCUAGAUAGAGCUAGCUAAGCUACAUAGCUGGUACCAGUUAGGACUAGAUAGUGGUAACAUACUACUACUGCAUUUUUUUUUUUUUUUUUUUUGUAUAAGCACAAAAAGCUCCACGCAGCAUUUUUUCCAUUCGAAGAAGAAAAAACUUAGUUGAAUGCAGCCUGAAAAUGAGUGUCUGGAACACCAGCGUUUCCGUUGCAGUUUAAAACAAAUAUCAAAAAUGUUUUCAUUGUUCAUUAUUGCAGAGUUGGAGUGUCAGAUGCUUUAUGCCAUAACAGCAGCAAUGCAUAGAAAUUAAUUUAGAUAUGAAGUGAAUGUUUAAAAAACAACCUAAAUUGAGAAUCUCCAACAAAUGAUUCGAGCAGUACUAUGUGAAAAUAUCCAUUCAUUAAUUAUUUAAUUAAAUAGUUAGUUAAAUAGAUAGAUAGGUAGUUUGUUUGUGUGUUGUUUUAAGUUUGUCUGUUUAUCUAUACAUACCUCAUUUUUAUAAAUGUCACCACACCUUUUGUCCUGCUCCUUGCAGCCUCCUUAAUCAAAGUCCUGACUGUCAAGCCUUUGAACAAGGGGCAAUAGUGUUUGAUUCUUCUUGUAACUUUUCACAGAAAAGUAGUAACCACAAAGAUCAUUGUAAAAACAAAACAUUUGUUUUACCACGUAACAAUUUUUUUUUUAUGAAAAGGAGAUCCUUUCUGAUGUUGGUUGAAACUUGUGUAAUAAUAAUAAAACUCCCUUUGGUAGUUUGUAAUACAGCUGUCAUUGCCUUGUGUAGUUACACAUAAUGUAUGAUGACCAGGCAUUUUAUAUCUAAGGAUUAUGUUUCCAUCUGAUAUUGGUUGGAUAUAUUUGUAUAUUAAAUAAAAUAAAUACUAUUUUAACAUCAUGGAAUGGAAUACUGAUCCUGUAUUGUGCUAGUAAAUAUGGUU